UUCAUAUCUCGUACAUAAAAGGGAGCCAAACGAUUCGACGCCCUGUACGUUUCGACAAAGACUGAUAUUACAAAACGGUCCUACCUUGUGCGUCCGCGGGCAAUGGUCAAUGCGACCCCCCGUUCAUUAGGCAACAGCCGAUUGUCGAUCCCCGCUUAUUAACAAGGGCGAUUAAAUACCAGGACGAAAGAUGGCUGAACGUCCAGAGGACCUCAAUCUCCCCAAUGCAGUCGUAACAAGAAUCAUCAAAGAUGCAAUCCCUGAUGGCGUGAACGUAGGCAAGGAGGCGAGGCUGGCCAUCUCCAAGGCUGCCAGCGUGUUUGUGCUCUAUGCCACGUCAUGUUCCAAUAACUUCUCAAUGAAGGCGAAGCGGAAGACGAUCUCGGCCCAGGACGUGGUGGACGCCAUGGAGGAGAUGGAGUUUGAGCAGUUUGUCAGCCCCCUGCAGCAGUGUCUCGAUGCAUUCAGGAAUGAACAGAAAGGAAAGAAGGAAGCAUCAGAACGAAGGAAGAAGGAAAGAGAACAGAAUGCAUCAUUGGAGGAAGAUAAGAAUGGAGACACAACAAUGGAGGAAGAUGGUGCGGAAGUCAUCACCAUCAACGGUGAUGAUGAAGAGGAAGAGGAGGAGGGAGAGGAAGGGGGAGAAGAGGAGGAGGAACCAGAGGAAGGAGAUGAUGAUGACGUGCAGGAAAUAGUCGAUGAUGCAUGAAAGUAGGUCAAGAAAGGUCAUCUCAUCAGCAAGGUCAAGGCUAUGUCAUCUGAAUUUCUGCUAUAUGAAAUAUGUCACGAGUCUUUUGCAAAAUGAUAAUUUAAAAAGGAAUUUUGAAGGUUGUGUAUGUUAAUAAUGAUGUUGCAAUUAUCAACAUCAAUAGAUUACACUAAUUUCGGUAAACGGGCUCUGUCCAUGGCAUGAUGUGAAGGAUGAAGCCGGUGUUUGCACUGACUCACAACUUGUAUAUAGUCAUCUGUAAAUAAACAUUAUUGUCUUGU